UGAAUGCUUACUUUUCUGCAGUGAUUUAGCUGUAUAAAGUUUUGACAGACUCUACUCAUUUAUUUUUCCCAUACUACCAAGGCUUCUCCAAAAAUUCUCAAAUCUAACCAACCCCAUUUUCCCAGCUCUAAGAUCUCCUUCUCCACCAUUUCUCUCCCUCCCUCCCUCUCUCUCUCUCUCUCUCUCUCAGAUCUAAACAAGGCAUACAAAACGAUAAAGGACAGAAACAUCCAAUCUUUUUAUACAAUAAAAAAUUCCCAUACAUGUUCAGUUGUGUCUGAUGAAGAAAAACAUUUGUAACAUUCUUGCAUCCUUCGUUUCUUUCAUUCUCAUUUCCUUCAUUACUGCCCAUAAAAUCUCUACAUCUAGCCAUGCAACAGCCCUCACAGACUCCCAAGCUUCUUUUAUCAAACAACGACAGCUGAUUUAUUACAGAGAGCAGUUUGGCUCUGGAGGUAAGUUUGACUCAGUUCCUUCUCAACUCACCUUUGACAACUCCAGGCUUAGGAGUGCCUACGUUGCCUUACAAGCAUGGAAACAGGCCAUUAUCUCAGAUCCUUUGAACCUGACGUCAAACUGGGUGGGAUCCGAUGUGUGCAACUACACUGGAGUUUUCUGUUCCCCAGCUCUGGAUGACCCAUCUAUUCAAACUGUUGCUGGCAUUGAUCUGAAUCACGGGGACCUUGCCGGGUACCUCCCAGAAGAGCUAGGACUCCUCACAGAUAUUGCAUUGUUUCAUAUUAACUCCAACAGGUUCUGUGGCAAGGUCCCUUGGAGUUUUAAGAAACUGAAGCAUCUUUUCGAGCUUGAUCUCAGCAAUAAUCGCUUUGCAGGGAAGUUUCCUUACGUUGUUCUUCGUUUGCCUAGCCUUAAGUUUCUUGAUCUUAGGUUCAAUGAGUUUGAAGGUAAGGUACCCGAAGCUCUCUUUGAUAAAGAUCUUGAUGCCAUAUUCAUAAACCAUAACAGGUUUGCUUUUGAACUUCCUGAUAACCUGGGAAACUCACCUGUGUCGGUUAUAGUUCUAGCCAACAAUAGGUUCCACGGAUGUUUGCCUAUGAGCCUAGGUAACAUGUCAAAAACUCUAAACGAAGUGAUUCUGAUGAACAAUGGGUUGCAUUCAUGCUUUCCAAAAGAGAUUGGCUUGUUGAAGAAUUUGACAGUUUUUGAUGUGAGCUAUAAUAAACUCAUGGGUGAAUUGCCUGAUUCGAUUGGAGAAAUGGUGAGCUUAGAACAGCUAAAUGUGGCACACAAUAUGUUCUCAGGAACUAUUCCUGAGAGUGUGUGUUCGUUGCCAAACUUGAGGAAUUUUAGUUUUGCUUACAACUUUUUCACAGGGGAGCCUCCUGUGUGCCUGGCGUUGGAAGAAUUUGAUGAUAGGAGGAACUGUUUAAGAGGCAGGCCAGUUCAGAGAUCAAGAUUACAAUGUAAAGUGUUUCUUUCUAGGCCCGUAGAUUGUAGUGUCAUUAAAUGCCGUCAGGUAAUUCCUCCAAAGCCUCUUCUACCACCACCUUCACCACCAAUUUUGUCGCCUCCCCCUCCACCACUAUCACCAUUACCACCGCCUCCGCCAUCACCUCCACCUGCACUACAGCCACCACCACCUCCUCCAACACCCUGUAUUUACUCUCCUCCACCACCUCCACAGAAUUCUCCACCGCCACCACCACCCCCUCCUCCAAGUCCAUUCUACUUCAACUCACCACCUCCACCCCUACAACCACCUCCUCCACCUCCAACUAAUUCACCACCACCGCCACUGUUGCCGUCACCACCACCUCCUCCAAGUCCAUUCUACUUCAACUCACCACCUCCACCCCUACAAUCACCUCCUCCACCUCCAACUAAUUCACCACCACCGCCACUGUCGCCGUCACCACCACCUCCUACAUACUCUCCACCACCCCCACUGAAUUCACAACCACCACCACCACCACCACCACCACCUCUACCUCCAUGCAUAACCCCACCUCCACCUCCAUCUCCCCCACCAUGUUGGCAAUUACAAUCACCUCCACCUCCACCACCAGUUCAACCCUCUACACCACCGCCAAGUCCCAUGUACUAUGGCCCAUUGCCACCAAUUGAAGGGGUAGAUUAUGCUUCUCCACCACCACCUCCAUUCUACUAAUUCUUUCUGAGAGAUUUUCUUCUCGCACCUUAUUCUCGAGAGCUUCAAAAAAUGGUCACAUGUUUAAUUAUGCAAAGAAGAAGACACGUGAAGCUAGAGGAAAAGACUGUGAUCAUGUGUUCGCUGCUGUCUAGGAAAUGGUUUUAGAGUAAUUGGGAAAGAGAGGCGUGAGGGAGAACGUUUUUUCCCAGGAUAAUCUGAAUUGUUAGUGUGUGUUUUGGAGGCUGUUAUUGUUAAUAAGAUGCAGGAUAUAGAGAGAAGAAGGUUGCAGGAAAAUGUAAUUAUAAAGAUGAGAUGGUCGAACUGUUAUGACAUGCAGAUUCAGUAGGUAGCACCAUCGCUGCUACUGUUUUGUCGGUUUAUUCAUGAUUCUAGCAUGCUUAAUUAGCUGAAGCGUGAAGGAUGAUUAAAAGAAAGGAACCUCUGACUUCUAGCAUUGUAGCAAUAUUCUUCAAUGUCAGAUUGCUGCUUCCAUAAGUCAUAUUAUUUUGCAGCUAAUUCGAGAUUAAGUAUGAAAUGUCGCUCGAAUGUAGAAAACUUUAUUCUUGUUAGAAUUCCGAUUAGUUACUUUGUUUCUUCUC